CCCAUGUGCAUGUGGUGUUUAUUCUUGCCCAUCGGGAUAGGAUAAUUUUUUUCUUCUUUUCGCGUGAGAAAUAUGGAAAUGCAGCAGUAAAAGUACCUAAUGUUGAUGUUCAUGUUUUGCAUUCCCCCGCUUUUAAUUAACAUCCCGCCCUGCCAGUUUUGACAAAAGUUGAAGCUUCGUUACCUUGUUCGAACAGAUAGAAAAAAGUCGAAAAAAGCACCAAUAUGGCAUGCAGUAACGUUCGUGCUUGCGCCGCCGAUCCCAUCGGCUACUGGUUUGGGAACAGCGCUUCUAGCAAAGCAAACAAACGGGAAUACGUGCCGUGGACGCCAAAGUUUCCCGCUGAGGUCGAAAAAACCGUUGACGAAUGGGAAACGUACUAUUUACAGAAAGUUGCACGUGCGGCCAAGAUUCGUCUAUUCAACGUGUGGUUUGUAUUUUCUACAUGCAAUUACAAUCCAAUCGUCGAACUAAAACCAAAACAUAUGAACACUCACUUCGCCCCAUAAAGUUUAAAUUCCGUGUCAGGUAUGUGGAGCAGCGCGCACUGGACUCGAUGCCGCAGACUAUGAUUCGCUCAUUGCUCGAACAGAUUGCUUCGAAAAUUGAUCGCGGAAGCCCAGAUCCAGUUCUAGAUGAUGGUAUGAGUAGUUUUUUUGAUGAUUAUGUGUGACACCUCAGUUGUGUUGGGGCUGCAGACUGUUUUAUACCUCUCGUGGUACAGCCGCACAAAAGAACAUGGUCCACUAUCAUGGAAAGCUCCUGUCAUGCUAUCCGAAUUAUUAGAAUGGAUGCUCAUGUCGAUGUCAUCAAUCUACCUACCACCUCGGGUUCUGAAGAAUCUCCUUUACUUUCCAGAUUGCUGCAUCUGGCACGGGGCUUUCCACGAGGGGCACCCGGUAAUCGAACUGCGAAAACCUGGGCAGGAAGAGGCACAGCCGACCUACGUGAACCGCAUUCUGGCCUUCUUUUUCGCGACCCCUGCAAAGUUCCAGGCACUGCAAGCCUUACCCCGAAGCGCAUUCCCAAUGACCUGCCGGCGGACCGACUGCGUUUGCUUCCAGCACAUCGGUGGCUUGGAAUUCAAGGCUUCUGCUGCGUCCCUGGACGACGAGGGGGUGGAGGGAAAUUUUAACUGAGCAUCAUGAUUUGAUCUCAAUGUAAUUCUAUUCCAAUAUUGUAUUUCACCUAAUUGAGCUUUUGUUAUUCAUUGUCUUGUACGAAGAUGAAACGUUGUUGUCUUGUUCCCUACUGUUUCUGUUUCACCUCGGUGUGGCAUUCGUGCCACCACUGAAAUUGAUGUACGAUAAGAAUCCUCCAACGAGCUUCACCUCAUCUUGCACAUCAGAUCCAAUCUGGAUCUGGAGCAGUUAGGACGAAUCCCAGCGGUGAGUCCGUGCU